GAUGUCACUUAUAUGCAGAUCUAAAAAACCACAAAACCAAGCUCAUAGUCAUAGAGAACAGACAGCUGGUUGCCAGAGUUGGGGGCAGGGGAAAGAAUGGAUGAAAAAAGAGUCAAAAAGUACAAACUUACAGUUAUAAAAUACAUAAGCUUUGGGGAUGUAAUGUGCAGCAUUGUGACUGUAGUUAGAUACUCUAUCACAUAUCUGAAAGCUGCUAAGAGAGGAAUUAAAAGUCAUCAUCAUAAUAACAAAAAAAUUGGGGUAAUUAUGUAAGGUGACAGAUGUUAACGAGACUUAUUGUGAUGAUUAUUUUGCAAUGUAUACAAAUAUUGAAUCAUUAUGUUGUACACCUGAAACUAAUAUAAUGUCAAUUAUACCUCAAUUAAAACAAGUCCAAGACCAUUAGGGAGGGGGCAAGUACACAGUUCAUUACAGCAUGACUUGAAAAGCUCUAGGAACAAAGUGUCACAGAAGCCCAGAGGAGAUCAUAAAUAACUUCCCUGAGUGAGUGAGGAGAGGAAAUAUUUAAUCUUAAUCUUGGAGGGUGAGGAAGAGUUUCAAGUAGAAAAAGUGGAGGAGGGCACUCAAGGCAAAGCGAACAGUUUGUGCAAAGCUUCAGAACCAUGGAGAAGCGUGGAAUGUUCCCUGAACAGGGAGAGAUGCAGUGGACAAGAACGUGCAUCAAGGGUAUGGUGAAAGGUAAGCCUGGAGAGGUAGGUUGGAGCCAGAGGUAGAGCAAUUCAUGUGACUAAAAGCUAAGGCGGGGAGAUACCAUUACUCUCUGCCCAGCAGAUACAGAAUGAUUUUACCAUAUCCCAAAAAACCUGGCUUUGCUUCUCUCUUGAGAGGCCUUUUAGUAAAAGAAUUAUAUAUGUUCAGGCUGGCAUGAACCUUCAUGGCUUCAUGGACUUACAGUCACAGAGCCCUGAGUUCAAAUGCUGGCUCUACUAUUUACUGUGGCUUUUUGGACAAGACAUUUCUCCCCUCUGAGACUUGGGUCUUUAUUUUGACAACAGAAGCCAUGGAAAUAUAACAACUAUAGAACUAAGGUGAUGCUUAUGAGUUGGCCCAUAAAGCACCUUGUACAUAGGAUGCAUGCAAUAAAUGUAAACACUGUCCCUCCUCCCCUUCAUUUUCCCCCUUUCCUUCCUUCAGCAGGAACAUACUUGCCCAAGAAUUUUGAUAAAAGAACCCGUAUUUGCAGGUCUUUCAAGAAGAUUUCACAACUUAGUACCCAGACUCCAUUAUAAAAUUCUUUUAUAUUCUAAGACUACCUAAGCUCCUUUGUUGUACUGCCCAUCAAAAUAAUGAAAAGAGUUCACAGAGCAGGGCAAUGCUUGCUAUUCUGGAAAAUCCUGUAAGUCUUCAGUAUCUGUUAGUACAGUAUUGACUUGUGAGUCUUGCUGGGGAUCAGAAGAAACAAUGAACCCAGAAGAAUAUUUUGUCAGCACACUGUUCCAGGACUCUGGAAAACCACUCACAGAUGCCUUCAGAGCCAUGCACCUGGAGCUUGACAUUGUGAAAUUGUACCUCAAGCCACUGCUCAUCGGAGAGCUUGCCCCAGAAGAACCCAGCCAGGAGAGACACAAAAAUUCCGAGUUGGUGGAAGACUUCCAAGAAUUGCGGAGAACAUUAGAGACUAUGAACAUGUUCAACGCCAACCUGAUGUUCUUCUUCCUUCACUUUGCCCAGAUUUUGAUUUUGGAAACUCUGGCUUGGUUUAUGCUGUGGCAUUUUGGCACUGGCUGGCCUAUCACAAUAUUUAUUUCCCUUCUUCUCACAGUUUCUCAGUCUCAGAGUUCAUUUCUGCAGCAUGACACAGGACACCUUUCCAUAUUUAAGAAGUCCAAGUGGAACCACCUGAUGCAUAAAGUCGUGAUGUGUCAUCUCAAGGGUCUAUCAUCAAACUGGUGGAAUUACCGACAUUCCCAGCAUCAUGUAAAACCAAACAUCUACCCCAAAGACCCAGAUAUUGACGUGGGCCCACUUUUUCUGGUUGGAGAUUCACAACCUGUCAAAUACGGCAAGAAGAAAAUAAAAUACAUCGACUACGAAAAGCAGCACCUGUAUUUCUACAUGGUUGCUCUCCCCUUCCUCAUGCCUGUGUAUUUCAACCUGCAAUCCAUGCAAGUGAUGUACCUCCGAAGGUACUGGUGGGACAUCGUCUGGGUCAGCAGCUUUUACAUCCGCUAUUUCAUCACACUUGGCCCUUUCUAUGGAAUCUUCGGAACCUUGUUGCUCAUAUACGUGGUCAAGUUUCUUGAAAGUCCCUGGAUUGCAUAUGUUACCCAGAUGAGCCACAUACCAAUGAAAAUGAGCAGAGAGGAGAACCAAGAUUGGCUCAGCACUCAGGUCUUGGCCACCUGUAAUGUUGAACAGUCCUUUUUCAAUGAUUGGUUCACUGGGCACCUGAACUUCCAAAUCGAGCACCAUCUGUUCCCCACAAUGCCACGCCAUAAUUAUCACAAGGUGGCACCUCUGGUGAGGUCACUGUGUGCCAAGCAUGGACUGCAGUAUGUGAAUAAGCCCAUAUCGAAGGCAUUUGGAGACAUCGUCCGGGCCUUGAAGAAAUCUGCAGCCCUCUGGAUGGAUGCUUACUAUGAAACCUGAUGCAGAAUGUCAGCCUUGACAUGCAUGUCAAGCGCAUCUCUGAAGAGGGCUUAGUGAAUGUGCUCUUUCCUGCUUACCUGUCAGCACCAUGGACAUACCUGAGUGUGCCAGGACUGUGAAUGCCAAGUGCACACGAUAACCCUUUUCCCUGAAUAUUUUCUCUGCAAAUACAAAGCAAACACAAGAUGGCUUUGGCCACGGUAACAAAAGGGAAAUGGGAGCCACGUGUUUUUACUUCUUUAAUAGGACUUUGAGCUUAGUCAUGCCAAUAGACGUUAGUCAGAUCACCUCAAACCCUGGGGCCUAAGUACAGAAGUGAGGCAAAAGUUUUACUGAUGAAGUGGGCAUAGGAAGAAGAGGGCGAAAGGAGAGACUGCUAAGGGGCACUCGGGGAAACAGUGCAAUUGCUCCUAGAAGAGAACCAUGUAUUUAAGAAGUUCCUACAGAAGCACACAUUUUUGCUUAUUCCUUUUUUAAAUAUGUGAACUUCUUUUUCUUUAAAAAUUGAAGAUGAUUAACAAUAAAAUCUCUUUAAAUAUUUCAGUAUUCA